GCUCCAGAGAAUGUCUCCACUGCUCUAUAGUCCAGUGGCGACGUGCUUUACACCACUGCAUCCGACACUUUGCAUUUCACUUGGUGAUGUAAGGCUUGGAUGCAGCUGCUCUAAGCUCUCUAUGCACUGUUGUGCUAAUCUUAAGGUCACACUAAGUUUGGAGGUCUUUAGCUAUUGACUCUGCAGACAGUUGGCAACUUCUGUGCACUAUUCGCUUCAGCAUGCGCUGACCCCACUCUGUCAUUUAUGUGGCCUACCACUUCGUGGCUGAGUUGCUGUUAUUCUCAGUUGCUUCCACUUUGUUAUAAUACCACUAACUGUGGCAAGGAAGUUUUGUUUUUAGUAGCAAGGAAAUUUCAUGGAUGGACUUAUUGCUCAUUCUUUCACAAAUGGUUGUAGAAGCAAUCUGCAU